UUCUUCGUCUCUUUUUUAAAGGGUUGAAGCCGAAAAGGGGAGAAAAGUGCAAAAAGAAAAAAAAAGUGGUGAGAGAGGUGAUGGCGGCAAUUGGACGUGCGCGAAAAUUUCGCAUCGGCGUUCUUCGUUACUCCGACCGUGAAAUUUGCUCAUUGUCUUGAAGAUACUCUCCUGAUUUUACCCUCAUUUUAUACUAAUGGAUUCUGUGCUGUGGAGCGACGAGGACUUUUCCGAGUCUUCGGAAGAUCCUACCUCACCUGAGAAAAGAGAAGCCGAGUUGGAGAGAUUCAGGAGAGAAUGGAAAGGAGAAAUUGCGGUUUCUCGAGGAGUUUCAGCCAGAGCUUCUACCACCAAACAAGACCUUGCUGCGGAAUUGUUUGAAAAGGGCGCGAACGAAGAACGACACGGAAGAAUGUACGAGGCCAUCAAGUUCUACAGGGACGCCGUUCAUCUCGUGCCGGACAUUGAGCAGAAAAUGGCCCAAUCGGCAGCCUGGGCCAAGCCGGACAAACCCGAAGAUUCCCAGGCGUCUUCAGCGUCUGCCAGCAGAUCCGCCCUGGACAACCUUUUGCACGCAUUCGAGCAAGUGCAUCUCUUGGACGGCGACGCGAUGGGAGAAGAAUUGGGUGUUUGGCAAGUGUGUCGUCGGGAAAAGGAAGUUCCGGGGGGUCACAUGUCGGAUUGUCCGCCGGAAGUGGUGGCGUUGAUUCUGAGAUGGGUCGUGUCUCGGGACCUGGAUGUGAGGUCGCUGGAUGUCCUGGGAGAGGUUUGUCGUGGGUUUUACCAGGCUGCGAGGGACCCGGAGAUUUGGAGGCGGAUUUGUCACAGGGUGUUCGGAGCGUCGUGUGCGUCGCCUGAAGACCUCGGCUUUCUGUCGUGGAGAGACAUGUUUUUCGAGCUCCCACACCCUUAUUUCCACGGGUGCUACAUCAACAGAGUGUCUUACAUACGCCACGGGGAGAAUUCCUUUCAGGACCGAUUUUACAGGCCUUGGUACGAGGUCAAGUAUUACAGGUUCCUCAGGUUCUUUCCGGAAGGCCGGUGCUUGAUGAUGAAUACCCCGGAUGAGCCGCAACAUGCGUUGCAUCACAUGAAAAGCAGGAAUCCCAGGUUGGGAACAGUGUUGGCAGGUCAUUACAGGUUGCACGGAGAUACUGUCGUGGCCACGCUCAAGAGGGUUUCUGAAGCCGGUGCUCUUAAUUCUGCCCUCGUGAAGCAAAUAAACAGGGCCAGGAGAAACCGAGUAGCUGAAGAACGGACGGAAAGAACAUUCUACCUGGAGCUUCAGAUGAGAUCCGUGAGAGGGAGGAAGAACAUGGAAGUGGCGUGGACUCGUUACUCAGUUCUGACGUAUCAUCCGGAGAGGGGGACUGGUUCCACGACGGAAUUCGAGAUGUCGCUCGCGAAUUUCCCGCCGUCUCGUUUCGCCAGAGUUCGCUCCUUUGCCGCCGUGGCGGACCAGCCAUUGGACGACGCAGCCACGUGCUCGGAGUUCCGACGCUUUUCCCGCUAGUUUUUAAUAUGCCUCCUGUUGCCUUUUUUUUGUCGAGAUAGGGUGACGACACGGGGGUUGGUGUUUUGUGCUGUGACGACGAGAAUAAGAGAUUGAGAGAGGGGCGGAAUUUAUUUUUUAUUUUUCGACAUGGCCUUUGUGUAUAGUUAUGACGCCA